AUGGGUGCAGCAGCGUCUGCGGCGUCUGCGGCGCGGAACUUUGUGUCGCCGGGCAUCGAAGAUGCCGAUGGACUGGACGUUGGCCAGUUGGAUGACCAUUGGAAGAACUACGCCCACCGGCGAAUCCAUGGCGAGCUUCCAGCCCGUCCAAAAAGAUCCAAACCGAAGGUGGACAUCCACAUGUGCUUGGAAGCGGCUUCCUCAUCCAGCUGGUUUGUGAGGGAUGACAUGCCGACCCAGUACUACCUCAGUGCCUACCCACCGGAGGAUCCGCGCCCGGAAUUGCUGCGGAAAACGCCUCUCAGCCCUCCUUGCACCCCAAAGUUCAUUCUGCCGCCGGAAGACGUGCCUGAGAUGAAGUUAUACAUUGCCGAGAAAGGGCUGAAGGACUUCUUUCACCACGGCGUCCACGCGGCGUGGAUGUUGGAUUUGCCUGAGCGUCCAUCGACAACCUCUUCGUGGGUGUCGCAUGAGGAGGCUGCUGCAAUGAGAACGAACAAGCGAUUGAAGGAGUCCCGUUUCACACUCCCUGGACAAAUCGACGAUGUGCUAUCUUAG